AUGAUGUACACCCGCCUUCACAUCCUUCUCCUCCUCGGCCUCGCCGCAUUCGCAUUCGCAUUCGCCUGCGCAGCGCCCUUGCCCGCUCCCCGCAUCCCAGGUGUCACGCUCCGCGCCAUACACCCUUCGCAGCCGCUGCGCACGCGGUUCCGCGACACCGAACGCCGCAGCUGGCACAACCUGGCGUCGAAGUUCCCUGGGUUUGAUUGGGCGAUGGGCAGGAGAAAGAGGGCACCGCGAGCCGAAUUGGAUGUAUUUCUCAUGAGGUCGUUAGAGGAUUCCGCCAUCGCCUCCGUAGACCAGCGGGAACCCCGGCGCCCUCGGGUCGCCUUGCAUCCGUAG